AUGGGUAAAGAUAUACGGUCGUUCCCUCUCCCUGAGAUUGACGAGGCACAUGACACGGCAAAUGGUGUGCCCAGGGAGAUCUUUGAGGAGUCCAUGAUCGAGAUUGACCAUGAGCACGCAACUUUGUCGAAUUCCCUCAACGCCGAGCAGAGGGCCGCCUACGAUGAGAUUCUAUUUGCUAUUGACAGUGACGAGGGCGGCGUGUUUUUCGUGGAUGGACCAGGAGGGACAGGGAAGACUUUUUUGUACAAGGCAUUGCUUGCAACGAUACGCGGGCAGGAGAAGAUUGUCGUGGCAACAGCUACGUCCGGUGUUGCAGCUUCCAUAAUGCAUGGAGGAAGAACCGCGCACUCACGCUUCAAGAUACCACUUAAUGUUGACGAUGGUGCGUUCUGUAGCUUCACAAAACAGAGUGGGAUUGCCAAGCUUCUGCGGGCGACUUCACUCAUUAUUUGGGACGAAGCCUCCAUGACUAAGAGACAGGCGGUGGAGGCGCUGGACAACAGCAUGCGUGACAUAAUGAGCCGACCAGAAGUGCCGUUCGGUGGGAAGACGGUUGUGUUUGGUGGAGAUUUCAGGCAGGUCCUCCCUGUUGUCCGAAAGGGAUCAAGGGCUCAGAUAAUUGAUGCGUCGCUGCGUAGGUCGUACCUAUGGAAUUGCAUGCGUCACCUAAAACUUGUACGCAACAUGAGGGCACAUAGCGACCCGUGGUUUGCGGAGUACCUACUGCGCAUCGGUGGUGGCACUGAGGAGGCCAAUGGUGAUGGCGAAGUACGUCUUCCUAGCGACAUAUGCGUGUCGUAUACAGGGGAGGACACGAACCUCGAUAAACUGAUAGAUAACAUUUUUCCAAUGCUUGAUGAUAAUAUGUCGGAUCCAAACUACAUCACCUCGAGAGCCAUCUUGUCCACACGGAAUGAUUGUGUGGACCAAAUUAAUAUGAAGAUGAUCGGUCGCUUCCGAGGGGAGGAGGUGGUAUAUCAUAGCUUUGAUCGUGCAGAAGACGAUCCCCAUAACUACUACCCCCCUGAGUUUCUUAACUCGCUGACACCGAACGGGCUACCUCCACACGUUCUAAAGCUCAAGAUGAACUGUCCUAUCAUAUUACUUAGGAACAUUGACCCCGCGAACGGACUUUGCAAUGGGACGAGGCUGGUGGUCCGGGGGUUCCAGAGAAAUGCAAUAGAUGCAGAGAUUGUGCUGGGGCAGCAUGCUGGAAAGAGGGUUUUUCUGCCUCGGAUCCCCCUGUGCCCCUCUGAUGAUGAGAUGUUCCCUUUCCAGUUUAAGAGGAAGCAGUUUCCUAUCAGGCUCAGCUUCGCCAUGACAGUCAACAAGGCACAAGGGCAAACCAUCCCCAAUGUCGGCAUUUACCUGCCUGAGCCGGUGUUCUCUCACGGUCAAUUAUAUGUCGCGCUAUCUAGAGCCACCGCCAGAGCGAACAUCAGGAUCCUCGUCGUCCCAGCUGAUGACAAAAAAAAGAAGUGCUCAAAGCAAAGUGGGACAUACACGAAGAACAUCGUCUAUAGAGAGGUCCUUACGGCAUAG